AUGGAUAGAAAAGCGAUAGGUAUUGAUUUGGGUACGGUAUAUUCAAGUGUCGCUGUAUUUCAACAUGGUAAAGUUGAAGUCAUUGCUAAUGAACAAGGUAAUCGAAGAACACCAUCAUACGUUGCAUUUACCAAUAGUGAACGAUUAAUUGGUGAUGCAGCUAAGAAUCAAGUAGCAUCAAAUCCAACUAAUACAAUAUUUGAUGUUCAACGACUUAUCGGUCGUAAAUUUGAUGAUCCUACUGUACAAGCGGACAUGAAAUAUUGGCCAUUUAAAGUAAUUAAUGAUAGUCGCAAACCAAAAUUUCAAGUUGAAUAUAAAUAUGAAACAAAAUUAUUUACACCUGAAGAAAUAAUCUCAAUGAUAUUAACGAAAAUGAAAGACAUAGCAGAAGUUUAUCUUGGUAAAAAAGUUUCCGAAGUUGUGAUUACUGUUCCAGCUUAUUUUAAUUAUUCGCAACGUCAGGCAAUCAAAGAUGCUUGUGUUAUUGCUGGUCUAAAUGUAUUAUAUAUAAUAAAUGGAUCAACAGCUGCUGGUCUUGCUUAUGGCUUCGAUAAAAAAUUUACCAUUGAAAGAAAUAUAUUAAGUUUUGAUUUGGGCGGUGGUCAUCUUAAUGCAUCAAUUUUAGCAAUUGAACAAGGUAUCUUUAACGUUAAAUCAACUGUGGGUGAUACAUAUUUGGGUGGAGAAGAUUUUGAUAACAAAAUGGUUGCAUAUUAUGUUCAAUUGUUUAAACAUCAAUAUGGCAAAGAUUUAUCGCAAAAUAAACGUGGUCUUCGUCGUUUGCGUACUGCUUGUGAGUCUGCUAAACUUAUUUUAUCGUCAUCAUCCCAAGCAUCAAUUUCAAUUGAUGCAUUACAUGAAAAUAUUCAUUUCGAUUCAACAAUAACUCGUACUGAUUUUGAAGAACUUAAUAUAAAUUUAUUUCGUUCAACACUUACACUCGUUGAAAGAGCUUUAAUUGAUGCUAGAAUGAAUAAAGCUGACAUUCAUGAAAUUGUUCUUAUGGGUGGUUCAACACGUAUUCCAAAAAUACAACAACUUUUACAAGAUUUCUUCAAUAGAAAAGAAUUAACGAAAUCAAUUAAUCCAGAUGCAGCAGUCGUUUAUGGUGCCGCUAUUCAAGCAGCUAUAUAUACUGAUGAUCAAUCAGAAAAAAUUAAAGAUUUACUGUUAUUAGAUGUUACAUCAUCUUCAUUGGGUAUUGAAACAGCUGGUGGUACUAUGACAGUAGUAAUAAAACGUAAUACAACAAUUCCAACAAAACAAACAAAAACAUUUACAACAAUUUCAAAUGAUCAAUCAAGUUUUGAUAUUAGAAUUUUUGAAGGUCAAAGAUUAAUGACGAGAGAUAAUCAUUUACUUGAAAGUUUUGAACUCGCUGAUAUUUCACUGGUACCUCAUAGUGAAAUAGAGAUUGAAGUUACAUUUGACCUUAAUGUAAAUAAUAUUCUUAAUGUUACAGUCAUGGAGAAAAAAUCCAGAAAAGAAAAAACAAUUACAAUAACAAAUGAUAAAGUACGUUUAUCUAAAGAGGAAAUCGAACGUAUGAUUACUCAUGCUGAACAAUAUAAAAAAGAAGAUGAAAUAGAACGUAAUCGUAUUGAAACUAAGAAUUUACUAGAAUCAUAUUGUUUUAAUAUAAUAAAAAAACUUAACGAUGAAAACUCAGCAGAUAAAGUACAUAUUGAUGACAAGAAGAAGAUGAUCGAUGCUAUUGAAAACACAUUGACAUGGUUGGAAAAAAAUCAACUUGCUGAAAACGAAGAAUUUGCACAUAAAUUACGAGAACUUGAAACUAUAUGUUCACUAACAAUGAUGAAAUUUUACCCUACCGAAGAUAAUGUUGGAAAAAUCUCAGAGAAAUUGUUCAAUGAUAUAACAGAAGACAAGAAUUUUCAUUCUACUACACUUUCAUCAAAUAGUGGUGACGAACUAUCCAACCUGAGUUCACGUAUAUUUGAUAUUCGAAAUGAACAUCAUCAUAUGCUCUCACCAAUUGAAGGUUACGAAGAUAAACCUCUCUUCCCAUUGGAAGAUGCGAUCGAGCGUUUAGUAGAAAUCAUUCCCAAGAUUAAACGAAAUGCAUCGAUUGCAAAAACAAGAUCCACUGAUGUUGCUGAUGGACUUACUCAAGAUGAAUCAGCUGCUAUUCAAUUGUACACGAUGGAAUGGCAUCCAAAUGAUCAAUCAUUGUAUAUGCAUAUAAAUGCUGCUCUACGAGAAGAAAAUCGAGACAAAAUUACUCCAUACUUUUGUUAUUUAAAACUUAUUCUAACCGCUCUGUGGAAACUUCCAUCAGUCAAAGCAACAGUAUGGCGUGGUAUUAAAGAAGACUUAAGUGCUCAAUAUUCAAUCGGUAAAGAAUUCGUCUGGUGGGGAUUCAGGUCAGUUCUACACAUCUUCUUUAUUGAUUUUAUGUACACUCUUUUAAUAGUUCAUGUACUGGAUCGCUCCAACUUCUCGAACGGAACAAGUUUCUGGGGAAGAAAGGAGUAA